AUGACUCUGCCACCGUCGCCGUCGCCGCUGCUACCCAAACCAUCACCAGCAGCUCCUCGAACUACAGCAGCCACGCCAGCUGUGCUGCUCUUCUCCCUCAUCGUAUUCGCUGUCUCCGCUGUCAUCGUGAUCGUCGCUGCUGCUGCUGCUGCCUACUCCCCGAAUUUAAACAGCUCCCUCGUCCUCGCCGCCGGCUUCAUCUUCGCCUCCUUGGUUCUCGUCGUCGCCAGCAGGGCCGUCAUGGUCACUUGGAUCACCGUGCUGGUCCUGCUCGCCUUCGCCGGGAAGCGCCGCCGGGUUCUCGUCCAGCACGGCCAGAAGAUCACCACCGACAUCGUCGUUAACUUGUUUAGAUGCGCCGCCUAG